GAAGAUUAUAAAUUACGCUCAGCUCAACUAUCCAUAUUUUCUUUACCCUGGAAUCAUAUAAAUAAAAAUUGGGUUAACCGAUGCAGUAUUGGCUCCAAAUUUUAUCGCGAUUUUCAUUUAUAUUUUGCUCUCUGUGACUGCUGCCUGGGAAUUGGUAAAGGUUUAGUGGAAAGGUUGAUAGGUUUUUUUGAUAACGAAAGGGAGGGAAAAAAAAAGCAGAAUGGGGAGGUUGUUCGUAAUUACUCUUGAAGGAAGCGUUUAUAGCUGCAACCACUGCCAUACCCAUCUGGCUCUCCUCGACGACAUCAUUUCUAAGUCUUUCCACUGCAGGCAUGGAAAGGCUUAUCUCUUUGAUAAGGUUGUGAAUAUCACAGUGGGAGAGAAAGAAGAACGGAUGAUGAUGACUGGAUUGCACACUGUUGUUGAUAUAUUCUGUGUUGGGUGUGGCUCAAUUGUGGGAUGGAAAUAUGAGUCUGCACGUGAAAAGACUCAGAAGUACAAAGAGGGAAAGUUCAUUCUUGAGAGGUUUAAGGUGUUGGGUCCUGAUGGAAGCAACUAUUUGGUGAAUCACGAUGCUAUGGUUAGUGGAAGUGAUGCUGAUAAUGCUUGAGUACUUUGCAAUUAAGUUUUGGCAGUUUGCCAUUUGACCAAACGUCUUAAUUGUACAUCCUUUUAAACUCAUGCGAUCGUUGGCCCUCCAUGGCCUCUUAAUAUGGAAAUAUUUUCUGUUACUGGAACUUCCUUUGCAAUUGAUACUAGAAUGAUACCAUUCGUCAAAGUCCAUGUUGUUUGUCAUUGUUUCCUAAUGAAAUCUUUAUGCAA